AUGAGCAAAACAAGGUUUGAAGUGAAGUCGAGGAGGAAAUUUAGGACGGAACCAAAGAUCCAAUGGUGGAAUUUAAAAGAAGAACAGUUAUGCAUAGUAUUCAGGGAGGAGGUUAUGCAGGCUCUGGCAGAGAGGGAAGAGGUCGGUUGGGCAGAGAUCUCAGAUACAGUGAGAGAGGGAGCACAGAAUGUAUUUGGCGUGACGCCUGGGCGAAGGAAAGAAGACAAAGAGACUUGGUGGUGGAAUGAAGAAGCGCAGGAUAGCAUAAAUAGAAAGAAAGACGGGGAAAGGAAAUGGAACAGGUGGGACAAGGAAAGCCAUCAGGAAUACAAAGAUAAGUGCAGCAGGACAAAGAUGGCAGUUGCAAAAACGAAAGAAAAGGCGUAUGAGAAUUUGUAUGAAGAGUUGGGUGAGGAGGACAUCUUGAGGAGACGGAAGGAAUAUUUUGAGGAACUUAUGAACGUUGAAAAUACAAGAGAAAGAAGGAUGGAGGACGCAGAAGUUGGAAAUCAAGAUGUGCAGAUCAGCAGGGAGGAGGUGAGGAAGACCAUAAGAAAGAUGAAAGGAGGUAACGCUGUAGGUCUAGAUAACAUCUCGAUAGAAGCAUGGAGGUACUUAGGAGAGAUGGCAGUGACCUGGCUAACCAAUCUGUUCAACAUGAUUCUGGGGGAUGGGAGAAUGCCAGAAGAAUAG